UUGUUCACAUCCCGCACGAGAUUGCGGGUGCGCGUUUAUCGCGUUGACUUUUCCCGAGUUGUGUCACGCCGCAGAAGGAAGCGCCCAUAUUUGGUCAUCCGGGUGCGCGGCCCGAGUCAUCCUUAUAACGGAGCGGAACCUCCGCACGUACAUUUUCCGGGACAACAUGCAGGAGGUCGCCAAGCGGGCGGUGCUGGUGUCCGUGGCCAACUUUGAGCCGGGUGUGCCGCUGGGGGCUCGGCACGGAGCUAAGGAGGACACCAGGAGACUUCACCGAGUCCUCAGCAAACUCGACUUCCGGGUGGACAUCUACCAGGACCUCGACAGCCGCGAGAUCUACCGGCUCUUCCGAAAAGAGAGCCGCCGCCCGCCGUCCGAGUGUUUCCUGGCCGUGCUGUCGUCUCACGGUGACGACGGCUGCGUGCUUGGGGCCGACGGGGAGCCGGUGCGGCUGUCGCGGAUCUUCGGCUUCUUCGACCGCGCCGACGUGGAGCGCGUGGCCAAAGUGUUCAUCGUCCAGGCGUGUCGGGGCGACGCCACGGACGAAGGCGUCACCGUGGAUUCGUGCGGCGAGCGGGGCCGAGGCGGGGUCGCUCACGACGUGUCCGUCCCCGUCAACGCGGCCGUCAUGUACGCCACCGUCGCAGGCUACGUGGCGUUCAUGCACCGCAAGGGUUCCGUGUUCCUGCAGACCUUCUGCUCCCUGCUGGAGGAAGAGGAGCACGCGGACACGGAGCUGACGCGCCUGAUGACCCGCCUGUCGCACCGCGUGGCCUUCACCUUCCGGGCCAAAGGUCGCGACUUGGAGGGCAAGAAAGAGAUGCCGUGCCUCCUGAGCCGCAUGACCCGUGACGUCUUCCCCUUCGCCAGAGCGCGCAAGAACGACGCCGGCCUGUCGGCUGUCACCUUGGUUACCCGUCACGUCGCCGAGACGCGCACGGCAUUCAUCGGCUAAACUCCCACCAGAAGGAGUCGGAGUGAAUCGAUCUUGAUGCACAAACCGUUUCUAUUGAAUUGUUAUUCUGCAUGUUUGUCUGAACUUUAUGUUGUUUUUUUUUUAGGACGGAUUAUUGGGAUUCGGAUUCAUUAAAAUGGAGACAAAGUA